GCGCAAUCCGCUGACCAACCUCAGACACUCGUUUGACAUCUCAUCCGCUCAUUUCAACCUCCGUCGCGUAUUGCCGCUGGGAAUUUACUUGCUUCGCAUUACUGUCUUUUCCAACUAUCAAAAUGCAACUCACUCAUUUAUCUGCCGUCCUUCUUCUCUCUGGAGCCUACGCUGCAGUAGCACCGGAAGGUCCCGCACCCACUGAAAUCCCAGGUGGCUGCAACCCAGCGCACCCUGGUAGCUGCCCAGAGAUCGCCACCGAGAUUCCAGGUGGCCUGGGCUGCAACCCUGCCCAUCCGGGCAGCUGCCCUGAGUCUACCGAAAUUCCUGGUGGAUGCAAUCCGGCACACCCUGGCAGCUGCCCUACUCCUACUAAAAUCCCCGGCGGUUGCAACCCAGCACACCCCGGCAGCUGCCCUACCCCUACCGAGAUCCCAGGAGGCUGCAACCCAGCUCACCCGGGCAGCUGUUUUACUCCCACUGGGAUCCCCGGUGGUUGUAACCCCGCUCAUCCCGGUAGCUGCCCCAGCGUGACUGUGGUGACCGGUAGCUCGACUUACCUCUCCCCCGUGCCCGCUGUGACCGCAUCUGGCUUCAGCAGCGUUGCUGGAAUUCCUGGUGGCUGCAAUCCAGCCCACCCUGGAAGCUGCCCCAGCGUGACUGUUGUGUCUGGCAGCUCCACCUACAUGUCUCCAGUGCCUGCCGCCACCUCCUCCGGCUACUUCUCGGGCAAUCUGACUUCCUCCAGCCUUAACCCCCUGUUCACCGGUGCUGCUUCGAACAACCAACUUCACUUCGGCGCUCUCCUUACCGGUGUCAUUGCUCUCGCUGCGCGUGCUUUCUUCUAAGUGGUUAUACCUGGUGUAAUUCGUCCGAUUGGUUGGGAGCCCAUCAGGAUAUACUGGUUAACAGCUUUUACUUUUCAUCGCAUUAUAGCUUAUAUUUACUUCGAUACACCAAUUGCUGGCAUUUAUAAUCGAUUUGAUAAAUAAUAGCAAGAUUUCUCGCUUCU